UUAAUUACAACUUGUACCGGUUAUUCUACGAUACUUUAUGAGACUAUGACAAAAUUAAAGACAAAAGAAAUUAAGAAAAACAGUCAAAAGUUAAAAAAAGGAUAUUCAGACCAAUGAGAAUAGAUAAGGGGGAAAAGACAAACACAAAUAGCAUUUGGCGCCAAAAAAAGACCUAAAUGGUCGUGUCACGUGAUGUUAAUUUUUGCUCUAGUAAAGUGUUUUCCAAAUCUCUGGGUCCCACUCUCAGAUGUGCUGACUUUUUUUUAUUACUUUUGUCUUAAAUCUUUGGAAUUUUUCAAUUUUAAUUUAAUUUAAUUCAUUUCUUUUUCUCACUCUAUAAAUCCCCACAGAUCCAUCACACUUCACCUAGAGACCUUCCACAGCUUUCUCGACAACUGACGAGUGAGUUUCAAUCCAACGGUUGAGAUCCAGUCUCCAUAGAUAAUUCACAUAACGACACGUGGCGGCGAGAGAUGAAAGAAAGUAGCCGGAAGCAAGGAGCUGCGUCACCGUGUGCUGCGUGUAAGCUUUUGCGGCGGCGGUGCGCUCAAGAUUGUGUUUUCUCGCCGUAUUUUCCGGCGGAUGAGCCUCAGAAAUUCGCUAAUGUUCAUAGAGUGUUCGGUGCUAGCAACGUCAACAAGAUGCUUCAGGAGUUACCAAUCCACCAGCGAGGGGACGCGGUGAGCAGCAUGGUUUACGAGGCUAAUGCAAGAGUUCGGGAUCCGGUUUACGGUUGCGUAGGAGCAAUUUCGUCCCUCCAGCAACAAAUCGACGUGUUGCAAGCUCAGCUAGCUCUAGCUCAAGCUGAGGUGGUGCACCUACGUGUACGCCACUCUACUAAUUUUCCAGGCCACGGACUAUGCCCGGACAGUCCGAGUAGCAGCGGUUCACCGUCUUCGAAGCAAGUGAGUCCACAGGACAACAAGGGCAUGUUUAGCCAUAUGGACAUUGUGGAUGAAGCCAGUUUGGGAGAGUCUAUGUGGUCUUGCUAGUCAAUGCUCUCUUUUGACUACUGCAAAUUUCCUCUUCCUUUUUUGGGAAAUUUCGGGAUUAUUAUAUUUAAAUUAGGGGUAGGAAAUGAAAAUGCUCUGUUUUGACUACAGAGUGAAAUUAUUAACAUGAUAUAGAUACAUAUAAAUACUAUAUAUAUAUAUAUUUAUAUUAUAAAUUAAAUCUCUCUCUCUCUCUCUCUCUCUCUCUCUAUAUAUAUAUAUAUAUAUGAGUAUUUGUAAUUUUGUAUUUCGGGGUAUUUGGGAUUUGGUGUAUGUGUAGGACUUUGGACCAUGAUCCACGAGGGUUCUCUUGAUCAUUUCCAACCGAGGAGGGAACUUUGUUAUUGACCUAAUGUAAAUUUGUGAGAUAUGUUAUUUAUCUAUAUCUAUAUACAAUUAUGGUCAUGUAAGUCAUGGUCUGUGUGUGACUCUGUGCGCAUAUUAUUGCGUAAUGGUCGUUUCUGAUAUUGGCUAAGUGACUAAGUCUAGCUUAGCAGUUAGCACUUAGCAUUAUCUUCUUAAUCAUUGUAGUGAAUAGUGACUAGUGAGUACUGAGUACGUGAACUGAUAUUGUAUGUUUUUUA